AUGCCGGAGCUCCGCGUCAUUUCUCUCGAUGAGGUUUCGAAGCACAACUACGAAGGAGUGGACAAGUCGUGCUGGAUCAUUAUCUCCGGGAAAGUGUACGACGUUACCAAGUUCUUGAACGAGCAUCCCGGAGGAGAGGAGGUCAUCACUCAGCUGGCCGGAAAAGAUGCCACCGUCGGAUUCUUAGACGUCGGACAUUCGAAGGAUGCGGUCGAAAUGGCCAACGAGUAUCUGAUCGGAGAACUGCCGGCGAACGAGAUUCCGAGAGCGGCGGCCGCUCCGACGAAGGCUCCCACUGGCGGACAAUCGAACGCUUUUAAGGACUUCACUGAUAUCAUGACGUCGCCGACGUGGACGAACUUUCUGAUUCCGACCACGAUGGGCAUCGUCAUCUAUGCCGUCUACAAGUGCGUCUUCCACUAA